CAUCUGGCUCCAGCUGUCAUCUUCAAAGAGACUUGCCAUGUUGGGCCAUGUGUGCCAGCUUCACUAUCAUGGGGGCGGUGCCGUGACAUAUCAGUUAGAGAAUGGGAAGUUGGCCAACAUCAUUUUCCGCACUGCGCCAUACUUGAAAGUCGGCCAAGCAGUCACCUUCUGCAUUGUUGACGGAGCUGCUGUUGAUGUCAAAAUUGCGGCAGCCGCAAGCGCUGGGGGUGUGGAAAGGACCGGCUGCACGCCGGCGUCAGCUGACGUGGUCGUGGAAAGGACGGGCCGUGCGAAUUCGUCGACGUCCCCCAAGGCGGGUGGUUUCGGGCCAUCCAAACGGCUUCAGCGAGAGAUUGGGCGGUUCCACAAUGCCACCCUGGAGGAGCAACUGGACCGGAUAGCCCAAGCUGAAGCGGACCUGCAUCGACUGCUGGAGGAUGACUUGGAUGGCGAUGGGCUGUGCCGCUUGGUUCGAAGGGUGGCUGCCUGGCUACAUCGGCCGGUGGCGCGAGCCGCUGAGGUGCCGGACCCAUCUUCGGUCCCGCAGGAGAUCCCGAGGGAGGAGGUCUCCCACCGGUUGCAGAGUCGCAUUCGCCGUGUGCUGAUCAGGGCCCUGCAAAACAUCGAUUUGGAGGAUGAAAACACCCGGAAGUGCCUGGAGAGCGCGCUGACAUUUAUCCAGGCGGUGGUUGGUGGGGUUGAUCUCACUGCUUAUCCAGCCACUCCGGCCACCCGGCAAUGGCAUCAGCUUCGCUCGCUGGUGAACGGCUUGGAUGCGCUGAAGAUACAGCAGGAUGACGUGGAGCCACCCAGGGCCAACCGCCAAGAGGGUCGAACUUUUGCAGAGCGCGGUCGAGUGUCGGAGGGCUCAUAUCAGCCAAACAAGAAGAUCAAAGGCCUACCUACAGUGUUUGAAGGAAAGAAGGUGAUUCAGUUGCAAUGCAGCUCAUGUCCAGCGACCAUAUCAAGCAGCUGGUUUUUCCGACAUCCGGGGCACCCUCGCAAGUCAGUGUUCUGGUUCCUUUCAAAGGACAUUAUGCUUGCAGAAAAAUCACCGGGAAAAUGAGUCCCUGGAUUCCGGCAUCUUUCCUGGAAGGAUUGAUCGAUUUGACAGGCUCAACUUCUGCAGAAACACAAGCGGGAACGUCGCUAUUGCAAGGAUUGCGGGAGCAAAUACAUAUGCAAGCACCAAAAGAGACGGCACGACUGUGCACUGUGCAAAAAAGCAGCGCUACAUUUGCAAGAUGGCUAGCGCG